AAUCUCGCUGAAACCUGUUCAGGAACGCUGCCUAUGUCAGAAAACUGAAGGCUUCGUCGCAAAUUGCCUAGCAAUUGCAUAAUUAAAUCUCGAGUUGCUAGGCAAUUCCCUUUUAUUAGCCACACGCUUUCUGGUCCCAGCUGAUAUUGAACAGGUUCACACUGUUUUAGGCAUUUAGCGGCAGUGGCGUUUUUGUGCCGUGGGUGAUUGGAUUUCUCUCAAAUUGUAUUAAUUAAGCUCUGCUACGCGCCCUAACCCAGAACAACAACUGUAUUAAUUAAGUGAAAUUUUCUAUAUAUUUUUUAGUUUCUCUGGAGCGCGUCUGUGACUGCUGCUUCUCACCGCAGCCAGCUGAAGAGCGUCCAACAUGUGGUCCGACUGGAGGGUGAUGGUGUCGGCACACCACGUGCUGAACGUGCUGCUCGCAUGCUCCUUCCUCGUCUUCAAGCUGACGCCGGUCGUGUGCGAGUACGUCUUCCAUGGACCAGAGCCCUGCGAGCUCUCUGAUAACGAAAGCAAACUGCUGUUCUUCGUGGCUGUAGUGAUCUGGGCCAAGACGAAGAAGACUGGGCAGCGUGGCCUUCUGCCCUACCUGAGCACCACCUACACCUACAUGAAGCUACUCAACCUGGUGCUCUGGUUCUACUCUGACCCUGUGAAGGGCAUCAUCUACCUGGUGCUGGCCACUAUGGCGUACGUGUGGUUCCCGGAGCCGGUAUCUUCAGCGCCGGAGAAGGUCACCUACUUCUCCUACCAGGAGCUGGAGGAGCAGCUCACCACGCAGCGCAACACCACCUUCUUCGUCUGCUUCUUCGCCACCUGGUUCCCGUCGUCGGUCAACUUUGCCAACGUGUUCUCGCGCCUGUCGGGAUCGUACGCGCUGGAUAACCUCGUAUUCGGCAAGGUGGACGUCACGCGACACCCGGACGCCGCCCAGAAGUACCGCAUCAGCACGUCCAGCUUCAGCCGCCAGCUGCCGACCGUGGUGCUGUUCGAUGGGGGCCAGGAGGUCACCCGGCGACCCGGCUUUGACGAGAAGGGCCGCCUGGUGCCCUUUACGUUCACACAGGAUAACGUGGUGGCGGCCUUCGACCUCAACAACGUCUACCAGAAGUGCAAGGACGAGCUACCGCGCUUCCGCAAAAUCGAGGCCAAGAAGACCAAGUAGCGGCCCAUCUCCGUGCUUUCUGUGAAGCUCAUUUGCGCGCGUGUGCAUGUUGCGUGCCUGGCCACGCAAGUUGCUGUUUGUAUGAGCUUGCGUGCGACGCGUGUUGAGGCGCAAGAUAUCCCAGUAUGUGCCAUAGGGUAGGUAUGUCUCAUGCUGGCGUCGCUGUAGUUUGUGCAAUAGGGACGAUGUCUGGGAGCUCUGGGAUCGCUGCUGUUCUCUGGGCCGUUCCGCGCCCGUCACUCCAUCCGAUCCCAUGGUGGCGUGGUCCUCCUAUGACGUCACCGCGGCUCCGCUGAACGUCCUUCGGUCCGCUGUGCUUUGGCAGUGAGGACAUGAACUGUGAAUCUCGGUUCGGCUGCGCGCCGGUCACCAUAACUCAGUGUUGCCAUCAUGUUCUGUACCGUGUUUCAGUUCAUUAGAGAUGAGCUUCAUGCCCAGAGAACGACAUGUUGUGUAGUUGGUGGCUGGUGCGAGCUGCGUUGGUCUCAAAUACAUUGGCAGGCACGGUCGCA